GUUAUGGUGGCUGAUUCGUGUUUGUUGAAUUCAACCAAAUCUAUUGAUAAAAGCUGAAUGAGUAUGAAGAGUGUGUUUUCACCAUUUCUAUUAUCAUCAUUUUGAUAAAUACUGGGCUUGUUUGAGUUUGUAUGUAUUGUACAUAUAAUAUAUUGAUAUAUUAUAUACUUGAGAAAAAAAAAAAGUUUAAAAAAAAUGUAGUAUUUAUGACUGACUUGUAUCAGUUAGAUGUAUAAUUCAGUAAAAUUAACAUCCAAGAUUCAACUCGAUUCCCCCCUGAUUCUUAUGGUUUUAAAUUGUAAUUGUGUAAACUGGGCUUUAUCACUACAAAUAAUGUCUUUGUGACUUCAAACACCAAAGCUGUUGGUGCUUAAAUAGCCACAUAGGUUAGAUAGGUUAUUUCUGCCAUUUAGAAACUCCACAUCAAGAUGACUGGAUAUUCAGGUCGGUCCUGUCACCAUCAUCUACUCCAUCCAAGCCGCAGCAAUUGUCUCUUACCGCUUGACAGACUUAGAACUAACGGCUGUUUCUUGACAGAGUAAAAGAAGAUGGCUGACGAUAUUAAGGCCAAACUUGACAACUAUCGCACGGCUCCCUUUGACGCCAGGUUCCCCAACCAAAAUCAAACUAGGAACUGCUGGUCCAACUACCUGGACUAUCACCGCUGCCAAAAAGCUCUGGAUGCCAAAGGGGUGGACAACGCCCCAUGUGACUGGUACAAGAGGGUCUACAAAUCCAUCUGCCCUGUCUCCUGGGUAAAUGAUCACAGAGCAGUGUUUACCACAGAUCGGUCCGUGCAUACAAUUGGUUCUGAUAUUUUCCCGACAGAUUCAAAAAUGGGAUGACCAAAGAGAAGACGGAACCUUUCCCGGAAAAAUCUGACAGGUGUGAGCCGUCAGAGUCAUAAAUGUGCUGUAACCGAUUCAUUCCUCAUUCAUGUACAGCAGAAGCUGCAUUAAAAUAUA